UCAUCUUCCUCUUCCCUUUUUCUCUCUCACUAGUCACUCUCUCUGCAAACUGAUCACCAUGGAAGUUGUUGGAGAGGUUGUUCUUUCUGUGUCCCUUGAACUCUUGUUCAGCAAACUGGCCUCCUCUGAUUUGUGGAAGUACGCACACCAAGAGCAAGUCCACACUGAGCUCAAGAAAUGGAAGAAAAAACUGUUGGAGAUUCGUGAAGUGCUCGAGGAUGCCGAGGACAAGCAGAUCACCGUGCAGUCAGUGAAAGCAUGGCUUGCAGAUCUCAGGGAUUUGGCUUAUGAUGUGGAGGACGUCUUGGACGAGUUUGGCUACCAAGUGAUGAGAAGAAAGUUGGUGGCGGAGGGUGAUGCCGCCAGCACAAGCAAGGUACGCAAAUUCAUCCCUACUUGUUGUACUACUUUCACUCCAAUUCAGGCUAUGCGGAAUGUUAAGCUGGGGUCCAAGAUAGAGGACAUCACUCACCGAUUAGAAGAAAUUUCAGCUCAGAAGGCGGAGCUUGGUUUGGAAAAGCUCAAAGUGCAGAUCGAAGGCGCCAGAGCAGCUACUCAAAGCCCAACCCCUUCAACACCUUUGGUAUUCAAACCUGGGGUAUACGGCAGGGAUGAAGAUAAAACCAAGAUACAAGCCAUGCUUGAUGAUGAAUCCCUCGGGGGCAAUCUGUCUGUAGUCUCGAUCGUGGCCAUGGGUGGGAUGGGAAAAACUACGCUGGCAGGUCUAGUGUACGAUGAUGAGGAGACAUCCAAACAUUUUGCUUUAAAAGCUUGGGUUUGUGUGUCUGAUCAAUUUCAUGUGGAGACCAUAACCAGGGCAGUUUUACGGGGCAUUGCUUCAGGCAACAAUGAUUCGUCGGACUUUCAUCAAAUUCAACGCAAACUGAGGGACGAAACCAAGGGAAAAAGAUUUUUGAUUGUUCUUGACGAUUUGUGGAAUGAGAAAUAUGAUCAAUGGGACAGCCUACGCUCCCCUCUCUUGGAGGGAGCACCGGGAAGCAAGAUCCUCGUCACCACUCGUAAUAAAAAUGUUGCAACUAUGAUGGGAGGAGAUAAAAACUUUUAUGAGCUAAAACAUUUGUCUGAUGAUGAUUGUUGGUUGGUGUUUCAAAAACAUGCUUUUGAAAACAUAAAUAUCAAUGAGCAUCCGAACUUGGCAUUGAUUGGAAGGGAAAUUGUACAGAAAUGUGGAGGCCUACCCUUGGCAGCAAAAGCGCUCGGUGGUCUUUUGCGCCCUGAACAAAGAGAAGAUAAGUGGAAGAGUAUACUAACUAGCAAAGUAUGGAAUUUGCCUAGUGAUAAAUGUGGUAUUCUUCCUGCGUUGAGACUGAGCUACAAUCAUCUCCCUUCACAUUUAAAAAGGUGUUUCACUUAUUGCGCAAUAUUUCCCCAAGAUUAUGAGUUUAAGAAGGAAGAGCUAAUCCUCUUGUGGAUGGCGGAGGGGUUAAUUCAACAAUCAAAUGAGGAUGAGAAAAUGGAAGAUCUUGGUGAUGAUUAUUUUUGUGAACUGUUGUCAAGGUCAUUUUUCCAAUCGUCGAGCAGCAAUAAAUCACGAUUCGUUAUGCAUGAUCUUAUUAACGAUUUAGCUAAUUCUAUUGCUGGAGACACAUGCUUGCAUUUGGAUGAUGAGUUGUGGAAUGAUUUGCAAUGCCCCAUUUCUGAAAAUACUCGUCAUUCAUCAUUCAUCCGUCAUUCUUAUGAUAUCUUUAAAAAUUUUGAAAGGUUUCAUAAGAAAGAGCGCUUGCGCACAUUCAUAGCUUUGCCGAUUGAUGAAUCAACUAGCGGACUUCCUUCCUUCAUAAGUAAUAAGGUGAUUGAAGAAUUGAUACCAAGGUUAGGGCACUUAAGGGUGCUCUCAUUGACUGAUUACAUGAUAAGUGAGAUACCAGAUUCAUUUGGUAAGUUGAAACAUUUGAGAUACCUUAAUUUGUCCUACACCAGUAUAAAAUGGUUACCCGAUUCAAUUGGUAAUCUUUUUUAUCUUCAGACAUUGAAAUUAUCAUGCUGUGAAAAGCUUAUCAGGUUGCCUAUUAGCAUCGGAAACCUAAUCAAUCUUCGACAUCUUGAUGUUGCUGGUGCAAUAAGAUUACAAGAAAUACCUAUACAAAUUGGCAAACUAAAAGAUUUGCGAAUAUUGUCUAAUUUCAUUGUGGACAAAAACAACGGUUUGACAAUCAAGGCGUUGAAGGACAUGUCACAUCUGCGAAGAGAACUUUGCAUUUCGAAGUUGGAAAAUGUGGUGAAUAUUCAAGAUGCAAGGGAUGCCGAUUUAAAAUUGAAGCGUAACCUUGAAAGCUUGAUAAUGCAGUGGAGUUCUGAGCUGGAUGGUUCAGGGAAUGAAAGGAAUCAAAUGGAUGUCCUUGACUCUCUACAACCUUGUUUGAAUCUGAACAAACUCUGCAUUCAGUUGUAUGGUGGUCCAGAAUUCCCACGUUGGAUAGGGGAUGCCUUGUUCUCUAAGAUGGUGGAUCUAAGUCUCAUAGAUUGCAGAAAGUGCACGUCUUUACCAUGCUUGGGGCAGUUGCCAUCGCUCAAACAGUUGAGGAUCCAAGGAAUGGAUGGAGUAAAAAAAGUGGGUGCAGAGUUUUAUGGAGAGACUCGUGUUUCUGCAGGUAAGUUUUUCCCAUCACUAGAGUCUCUACAUUUUAAUAGCAUGUCAGAAUGGGAGCACUGGGAGGACUGGUCUUCCUCAACAGAGUCAUUAUUCCCUUGUCUCCAUAAGCUUACAAUUGAGGAUUGCCCCAAAUUGAUUAUGAAACUACCCACUUACCUACCUUCUCUUACAAAGCUCUCUGUACACUUCUGUCGAAAAUUGGAGUCUCCACUUUCAAGACUUCCACUGCUGAAGGAAUUACAAGUAAGACAAUGUAAUGAGGCGGUCUUGAGCACUGGAAAUGACCUCACCUCACUCAUCAAGUUAACAAUUUCUGGGAUUUCAGGGCUUAUCAAAUUGCAUGAAGGAUUUGUGCAAUUUUUGCAAGGGCUUCGGGUUUUGAAAGUAUCGGAAUGUGAAGAACUCGUAUAUUUGUGGGAGGAUGGUUUUGGAUCGGAAAACUCUCUUUCUCUUGAGAUUAGAGAUUGUGACCAACUUGUAUCCUUGGGAUGCAAUCUUCAGUCUUUGAAAGUAAUUAAAUGUGAAAAACUAGAGAGGCUUCCAAAUGGAUGGCAGAGUCUAGCAUGCCUUGAAGAAUUGACAAUCAGGAAUUGUCCAAAGCUGGUGUCAUUUCCAGAUGUAGGUUUCCCACCAAUGCUGAGAAAUCUUACUCUUGAUGAUUGUGAAGGUCUAAAGAGUCUACCUGAUGGCAUGAUGUUGAAGAUGAGGAACGACAGUACUGACAGCAACAACUUGUGUCUCCUUGAAUACUUGGUUAUAGUUGACUGUCCAUCUCUCAUUUGCUUUCCAAAAGGGCAAUUACCCACCACCCUUAAGAGUCUAUGCAUAGGGGGGUGUAAAAAUCUCAAGUCUCUUCCAGAAGAAAUGAUGGGCAUGUGUGCCCUUGAAGACUUUUAUAUAGGGGAGUGUCCGUCUCUUAUUGGAUUACCGAAAGGUGGGUUACCCGCCACUCUCAAGAAACUCUACAUAAGGAAUUGUGAAAGGCUAGAGUCUCUACCAGAGGGAAUAAUGCACCAACAUUCCACCAAUGCUGCUGCUCUCCAAGCCUUGGUAAUCCGUGAAUGUCCAUCUCUCACAUCCUUCCCAAGAGGCAAGUUUCCAUCCACCCUUGAGCGACUUCACAUUGAGGAUUGUGAACACCUCGAGUCAAUUUCAGAGGAGAUGUUUCACUCUACUAAUAGUUCACUUCAAUCUUUAAUCCUCAGGAGGUAUCCUAAUCUCAAAACCCUACCAGAUUGCCUCAACACCCUCACAAAUCUAAGGAUUGAAGAUUUUGAAAAUCUGGAAUUGUUGCUUCCUCAGAUAAAAGAGCUCACCCGUCUUACACGGCUCGAGAUCUCUAACUGCAAGAAUAUCAAGACCCCCCUAUCCCAAUGGGGCCUUUCCAGACUCACCUCUCUUAAAGACCUCCGGAUUAGUGGCAUUUUUCCAGAUGCAACUUCCUUUUCGGAUGACCCCCACUCGAUUCUUUUUCCUACAACUCUCACCUUCCUUACCCUUUCAGAAUUCCAGAAUCUGGAAUCCCUAGCCUCCCUGUCUCUCCAAACCCUCACCUCUCUUGAACGGCUAGAAUCGAAAGUUGCCCUAAGCUCCGGUCGAUUUUGCCAAGGGAAGGACUAUUGCCUGACACCCUUUCACAACUGUAUGUGUGGCGUUGCCCACAUCUAACACAAAGGUACUCGAAGGAGGAAGGAGAUGAUUGGCCCAAGAUUGCCCACAUCCCCUGUGUGGAGAUAAAGACUAAUCCAUCUGAGUAAUAAAGAAGUUAUAAUGAGGUCAUUUACUGGAAAAACGGUGUCAAUUUGAGAAAGGGGAAGAAUGGUGUUAUAUAGAUCUCAUUCCUAAAAUAGUGAUCAAUGAAGUGCUAUUUUAAUCAAAGGGCCACUCCGCCAAUACACAGUCAGUGUUCAUUGUAAGUAAUCAAGAUGAGUAUAAAAGAUUUCUUAUGAUAAACAAAGUUUCGAUUAUGACCAUGGAAGAAACAUGUAAGCAGCUUGCAGUGAUUGGGCGUCCAAGUAAAAUGUGCUCUAACCAAGUGGACUUCUUCAAAAGGAAGUGGAAUAUGAAGAAAGGAUAGAUUGUUCAGACUUUGCCUGUGGAGGAAGGGAGAUUCCUGGGUGCUCAACACUUGAUGCUCAUUGCUCUGUUCAAGAAGAAUAAGAAACUCAGAGGUACAAGGCACCUCCAGCACAGUGAAGUGAAUACCCAAGCUUUUGGAUUUCUCCUAGGACACCUGGAAGGCUGGCACAUAAGGUUUGUCAUCUGCACACCUGCCAUGAGUGACAAACACAUACAACAAGAACAUGCAGUAAAGAGUGCCAAAAGAGGAGGGGGCGCACCCUACGAAUACAGAGAGAAGCUCAACCAGUAUCAAUGAAAGGUUUAAAUAGCACAGCCACAAAUUUUGAAUAUGUGCAUCCUCUUUGUUCUCUUUAUUCUCUUCCCACAAAGAUAUUCCUUCGAUUUUGUGAAACAGUCCUAGUUUUCUUUAUGCCAUUCUACUGUUGUUCCUAUGAGAGGUAGUUUGGGCACACUUCAACAAAUUUGUAAAAUUUUAAUGUUUCAAAACCUUGUUCAUCUCAUUAA